ACUGCACAGAGUAACUUGCUUGCUCGCCGCUUGCAGCCUGCCGCCUGCCGCCAGCCGAGUGCCGUGCUUCGGUGGGAUUAGCGGCACAGACAGUUUUAUUACGAGUUUUGUGAGGAGCGGGUGCGUUCACUCGCUAGCUAGUCCACACUUUAGCAGGAAUAAAGAAGAUGGCGAAGAAGAACGGACUGGAAAUAGAAGCUGCUGUGGGGAAGUCUGAGGCCACUGAAUCUACACCCCUCGUGCCUAAGGGUGGCAUCGACACAGGCGAUGGCGGCGGCCCAGGCAAAGGCGGCGGCCAGGGCGGGCUCUCUGUUAAGCAGACCGCGAUCCUGGUGGCCGGAGAGAUGGCCGGCAGCGGAGUCCUAGCGCUCCCUAGAGCUCUCGUCAAAACCGGUUGGGUCGGCAUCCCGAUUAUCAUACUGAUGUGUCUGAUAGCAGCCUUCAGUGGCAAGCGUCUCGGCGACUGCUGGACCAUGGUGGAGAGCCGCAACCCCGACAUGCGGACCAGGAAACGGAACCCGUAUGCCAUCAUCGCGAAUGAGGCCUUGGGACCCAUUUGGAGUGUGGGCGUCUCCCUCGCGCUGGUAGUGACCCAGUUCGGCAUGUCGGUGGUUUACCUGCUGUUGGCCGCGCAGAUCAUCGAGCAGAUCUUCCUCUCGCUGAUGCCUAACGUCACCAUCUGCAUCUGGUACCUGGUGGUAGCUGGAGCGGUUACUCCACUCCUGCUGUUCGGCACUCCUAGGGACUUCUCGCUGCUCGGCUUCAUCGCCUUCAUAUCCACGGUGGUGGCCUGCGUGCUGUACUUCAUCCAGAUGAUGAAUGACAUCAAGCCGUUCGUGUUCCGCUACGGCAUCCACGGUUUCACUGACUUCUUCCUCGCGUUCGGGACCAUCAUGUUCGCGUUCGGAGGCGCUUCCUCAUUCCCCACCAUCCAGAAUGAUAUGACUGAUAGAUCUAAGUUCAAUACUAGCUUGCAAUACAGUUUUCUGGCGAUCCUCGCGCUCUACCUCCCAAUCGCGGUGGCCGGGUACGCGGUGUACGGUGAGGCGGUAGCGCCGAACGUGGCCGCGUCUUUGUCGGCCACACCCUUGUCCCUGGUUGGCAACGUGCUGAUGGCGGUGCACCUGCUGGCGGCCUUCAUCAUACUGGUGAAUCCUGUGUGCCAGGAGAUGGAGGAGCUGUACAGCGUGCCUAUGGACUCCGUGGGCUACCGCACCCUGGUGCGCCUGUCCAUCAUCGCCGGAAUCCUGUUCAUCGGCGAGAGCAUCCCGCGCUUCUACACGAUCUUGGCGCUGGUGGGCGGUACCACCAUCGCGCUGCUCACCUUUACCCUGCCUUCCUACUGCUACCUCAGCUUGCUCAACAAGGGCUCUGGGGAGGGCCAGCCACCCUUCACCGCUUCGGGCUGGACGAAGCUGUUCUGCUGGGAGGUGAUCACCGUGGGCGUGGUGGGUGGUAUCUUCGCCACCUACAGCGCCCUCAGCGCCAUUUUCAGCACUGCACAAGCAGUGCCUUGCUAUUUGCGAUAAGUCGCCCAUUUUGGGGUUAUUGCGGGUGGCGAAAAAAAAAUAAAAAACAUGAUUUUUUUAAUGAGCUCACAAUUUUUUAUUUUUACUAAUCCAAUAGUAAAUUGAAAAAUAACCAAUUUUUUUUUUGAGCUCAAUCUUUUACAAUAAGCGGUUCGGUCUUCCUUUCUGGGAAAAUUUAUUUGAGCUGCGUAUUGAUGAUAUAAAUAUAAAUUAUAAUGAAAAAAAAAUUAUAAUUGAACGAGCCUUUCAGGUGGAAAUCAGAUUUUCAAAACUACUUUUAUUUAAUGCCCUACUGCAUUAAAUUUGGAAAACAGUGGGGACGACCCUAAACAAAGGGGCAAAUAGUACACAAAAAAGCCUAUUUUUUAUAAAAUCUCUAAUUGAUGUUUUUAAUAAUUAAUUAAUAUAUACUCUGCUGUUUAGUUGUUUGUUUUUAAUUUGCUAAUAGAUUUUUAUGUCUACGGAAUCCAAGAAGCCAUCGCAAAAUCUUGCAUUCUCUAUGCGUUUACAGCAUGCAUUUUUAUUUAAGAUAUCAAGAUCAAAUAAUAUUUAUACGGAAAGUUAAGAUUAAUUAAAUGUAAUCUGAUACUAGGUACGAUAAGCUAUUUUGUAAUAAUAGAAGUAGUUAUUGUGGGGUUUUAGAGGGAAUGUACUCCCUCUCUACUUUCGAUCUGAUAGUUUUCAAGUGUACCUAAAUACAUUAGUUUUUAAUUUUAUGUUUUCUACCUUACUUUAAAUAAAAUCUUUU